AUUAGAUCCAACCAAGAGAGGCUUCCACGCUUGCUAUUACCACAAGGCACAGACAAAUGGCUCUCAAUUUGAAAGAAGAGAUUCCUUCAUAAUUCGUUCUUUUCUACUACCUUGAAAUGUUUAUGAUAGGCAUUAAUUAAUUAAUAAGAAAGAAUUUCUGGGAAGGGAUCACAAUCACAUUGAUGGUAAAGUCUUUGGUGAAUGAGUCUACCUUUCUGCUAUGCUGCUAGUGAUUCAAGUCUACACUUCAUUUGAUUUUGCCACCUAACCUUCCUUUGUAUUAUAGAUAGAUUAACUAUCACAAACUAAACUACACACACAAGAUCCGGGGUUUGAUCAACCAUCAUGUCUGACGAAGUCAACAGCGUUUUCAAGAAAUAUCUCAACCAGCUUCAGCUUCAUCCUCUCAGAACCAAGGCGAUUACUGCGGCAUUUUUGGCUGGUUUUAGUGAUGCAGUGGCACAGAAGUUAUCUGGGGCCAAGAAACUUCAGUUGAGAAGGGUACUUCUUUUCAUGCUCUAUGGUUUCGCCUACUCUGGGCCCUUUGGACAUUUUCUCCACAAAUUGAUGGAUAAAAUAUUUAAGGGGGAGAAAGGCAAUGACACUGUUGCUAAGAAGGUGAUCCUUGAACAGAUAACCAGUUCCCCAUGGAACAACUUUUUGUUCAUGAUGUACUAUGGCUUGGUUAUAGAAGGAAGACCUUGGAGUACAGUCAUAAACAAAGUUAAAAAGGAUUACCCUUCUGUUCAGUUGACUGCAUGGAAGUUUUGGCCUAUAGUUGGUUGGGUGAAUUACCAGUAUAUGCCUCUGCAGCUCCGUGUUGUAUUUCACAGCUCUGUUGCUGCUUGCUGGGCAAUCUUUCUGAAUCUGAAAGCAAGGUCUGUUGCAAUUAAGGCUGCCUAGGACAUCACAAAUUUCAUACUUUUGGGUAAUUUUCUGUUUCCUUCCUAUGUAAAUUGGGAUGGAAAAAAAAUCUGCCAUAUUUGUUAAUAGUGGAGCAUUCAUCAUAGUUUGUUUGGCAUAUUAGACUAUUACAUUGGUUGUUAUGACUUGUUUGGACUUGCACUUGCCAAUAUUGAUAAAUUAGAUGUUUGUUUCCUGCUGACUAA